AUGUGAGGGAUAUGGUGAAACAGCAGAAUUUUGGGCUUUGUGAUAUGGGGUUUGGAAGAUGCAGUGCCGAAGUUGUCAAGAGGGUUGGAUAUUAAGCAAAAGACUGGAGAGUUGAGAGAAUUCGGUUUUGAUUAUGAGAGCUGAUUUAGGAGUUAUUGGGUGCCGAUAUUUGGAAUUUUGCUGAUUUGGCUGUUCCAUGUUUCAGUAAGGAUUUUCUUUAUCUAUUAUGGAUUUGUCUGCUUUAUUUCAGUUGUAGAAUUUAAGAGGAGAAAAGGAUGCGAGCUCGUUCCUCAGUCUGAUGACCCAGAUAAUAAGCCUAAAGAUGUGGAAGAACAAAUUUAUGGAGAAAUAUUCGCAAGUAUUGAUAAAUCUCCCCACGCAGCCUUCCAUCAGCCUUUGGUGAUGGGAAGAAUAAUGAUAAUAGUAGCUAUAAUCUUGGUCAUUAAUAUUUAUAAUGAAUCUACUAUCUGGAUGGUGCUUUGCGUCAUCUUGAUCUUGCAGAUAGGAUAUAUUUACCAAGCUAUAAAAAUUCUUAAAUUUGCAUGGUGGCCCUUAAAAGUCAUUUAUCUUAUUAAUGAGGUCUUCCUGCUGGCAUUCAUUUGUGUUUUCGGAAUUCUAAGAACCAGAUAUGACUGGAGAAACUUGUGGAAACUAAAUUCAAACCAAGAAAGUGUUCAGAGAAAUAAAAGCUGAAUUACUCAAUCAGAAGAAAACACAAGUGAAAAUACCUGUCAAUGAAAUUUGAGAUUGCCUCUCGUUGAAGCUCAAUGAUGACACUGAAAUAUAGCAACUCAGUUCCCCCAAGAUACAGAGGAGACCAUAGAACAAAGAGCAAGGAUGAAGAAGAAAAAAAACCAAAGCCAAAGAAUCCAAAGAAGAAUCUUGAGAAGCCUCAGAGACACAACCAAUUACCUCCGAUAA